AUGUCAUCAUUAAAGAAUCAAUAUGAAUAUAUAAAUGAAGAUCAAAUUAAUUAUGAUUUAAAAUGUGUUAUUUGUCUUCAACCAUUACAAACUCCAGUAAGUCUUCGUUGUCGACAUAUAUUUUGUUUAAUUUGUAUACAAAAUUGGAUCGAAAGACAAAGAUCAUGUCCAAUAUGUCGUUUAUCAUGUGAAAUAAAUUGUGUUUUGAAAGAAUUAACACAUGGAAGAAUUUAUAAUCAACUCAAUCGUUUACCAGUUCGAUGUCUACGAUGUAAAAUGGCUGGAAUUCAUCGAAGUCAAUUUACUAAACAUUUUCAACGAUGUUCAAAUAAUUUAUUGUAUUGGACGAUUAAAAGAAGAAAUCGACGUGGACGAUUACAUUCAUCAACAUCAACAACAACAUCAAUAGAUCAUUCCAGUGAAAUUGUAAAUAGAAAUUCUCAACAAACAAAUAUUGAUGAUCAUGAUAUUGAAUUAGAAAUGAUAAAUGAAAAUACAAGUGUAACUCAUCAAACAUUCAAUGAUACAUUUCUAUUUAAUUUUUGUUGUUUAAUCUUUACUGGUGUUAGUUUGAUUAUUUUAAAAAAAUUAAAUCAUUAG